AUGCAUUUGGCCUCUACACUACCCCAUUCCCCAUUCCCCAGGCUGAACAAGGGGGAUAGGGGUCCUUCCGUCCUCCUUGUUAUUGGCAAGUUUGGUGCCACAAUCCAUGUUCUUCAUAUCCUACCCGAGAACGGCACCAUCGAACGCUUCAGCCUUACAACCCCAUCUUCUACUACCACCUUCCGCCACCGCGGAGCCAGUGAGCAGGCGCGCGAGCACAUCGGCACAGUCACACUUCACGUUGGAGAUGGCGAGACUGCCAACAGCUUUCUCGACGACGUUGAGACACGAAUCCGUAAGCUGCUACAGCCAGGCAGUGUUGACGUGACUCAGCUAGUACAAGACGUCCUUCAACCCGCGGCACUUUAUUACGAUCCAUGA